AUGUCAGAAAACAACGCUCCUGAAAUAAAGUAUGAUGUCUUUGUUAGCUUCAGGGGCGAAAUCCGUAAAGGACUUCUUAGCCAUUUGACUGACGCAUUUAAAACCAAGAAAAUAAAUGCAUUUGUAGAUGAUAAACUUGAGAAGGGAGAAGACAUAUGGCCAUCACUUGUUGCAGCUAUUGAAAGAUCAGCCAUUUUGUUGAUCAUCUUCUCACCCGACUAUGCCUCUUCUCCCUGGUGUUUAAAAGAAGUUGCCAAAAUAAUUGAAUGCCAAGAGAAAUAUGGACGCACUGUAAUUCCUGUUUUCUACAAUAUAGAACCCACACACGUAAAACAUCAAUCAGGGAGUUACCAAGAAGCAUUUGCUGAGCAUGCAACAAAACAUGAGACCGAGCAACAACUCUGGAGACGUGUUUUAGAUAAAUCUGCUGGUUUCUCUGGAAUUGAAUCUACAAAUUUUCAGUAA